UCAACGUCUAAGAUGAAUUCCGCACUGCAAUUAAGCUGCCUUUUGGCUGUCGUUGGAUGUCUCCUGGGAACAGGACACUGCCAAGGUGAUGAUGAAUUCGUGACUAAGGGUCGUGGACUCAUCGCCGUGUUUGGCAACCCUUCGACCGAUACAUCCACUAGGGCCCGCAAUGUGCCUGCCCUUGUUGAUUACUAUGAGAAAUACAAUAAUAAGCUGGAGCUAACAACUGAGGAAAGACUUAAUGCUGAUAAUUUUAUAAGGAGGUAUAAGGAUCAAACAUCCCAAAAAGUCGAUGGUGUAACGGCCCAAGGAGGAUAUGGGUGGCCCUUCAGAUGCCCUUUCUGCCCUCCUCCCUUUUUUCCAGAUGUUGUGACAGCCAUCGACAAUGCCAUUCCUAAGCACUCUUAACUAUUUCGUAAUUAUUAUACUUGACACAUUUAAAUGAAGAUAUUUGAAUUAAACAAAAAGGUUGUUCAAGUAAAAGUAAUUUCACAAUGUAAAAGAUAAAUAAAAACUUUGUAA